UGAGAAGGGCAAACGCUCCUCCACCUGAACCAAGACAUUACUACUUUAAUGCUAUAACACACCGCCGAGUUACCGCUGGCGGAAGGAGAUACUAUGAAUUGCUUAAUGCUGGAUGGGAUAUAGAAAACGAUUAUUAUUUAGUCCCACCGGAAGUGAUUUCCGGCGAUUCUAAUGAAGCUCAAGAUCCUCUCCCAACCCACGAACGAAUUAUGGCUAUACACGGAGAGAAGCUUGCAAAUCUCAAUAUCACAUUAUGUCGAGAAUGCUUUAUUGCUAUAAACCUAGAACAAGUUGGCAAACCAAAAGUCAGACUUUCUCCCAUCGAAUUUCGUCGCUACGUAAAUAAUAUUACGGAUUUAAAUGCGCUUAUCGAAUCUAAGGAUUACUUGACCCGAUUUAUUAAAUCUGAGUAUAAAACGAAAGAAUUCGUGGAUAAAUUUUUAGAUAAUCUCGAAACAAUGAUUGAAAUUCCCGCUAACGAUAUUGAUUGUAUUAGAAUUUGGGUACUUGGCUUUAUCAAUGAUCGAGAAGGUGAAGAGAUGGGAUUAUAUAAAUUCUUACAAUCUAAUUACUCAGAUAUAAAUGAAACUUUCAACGAAUUUUAUCAGAAUUACGCUGGAAAUGUUCAUAAUCCUAUGAAUAAAAAUCGAGUAGCACGCGCGUUAUCUGCUUUAGGCUUAAAAACGGAAAUGAAAAAGGCUCGACGCCAGCUUUAUAUUAAUCGUAAGAAAAUUAUCGACGAAUUUGUGAGUAAACAAAAUUUGAGACGCGCGGUUGAUUUCAUUUACGCUCUAAAUCUGAACAAGAUAGAUGAGCUGGAAGCACUAAUUGACGAUUAUAAGAAUAGGAGGGAUGAUUUGCUAAAUAAAUUGGAUUUGGAAUCCGAAUUGGACCAUUCCAUGCCGAUUAUAUCGGAACUUAAAGUGCUUGUUGAUCAAAAAAUAAUGUACCUUAUACAUUAUAUCAACGUCUGUGAAGAUACGUUUUUGAUAACCGAGGAAGCAAAAAAUCAAAAUAUGAGGGAAUGGGAGGAGCAAACAUUUCUGGCUUCAAGUGAUUAG